UUUCUAUUUGCUAGAGACGUGCUGAAGGGCUUAGAUGUCCCCAUCUGGUAGACUUCUGGUGCAUGAAUCACCCAAAAUGGGCUCAUUCGUAUCAACGAUUUGAAUCACCGAACAUUGGGACCACUUGUACAACUUGAAAACAUGUGCAUAAACAGCCAUGGAGAAGCUCCAUUUCCAACUCUUCCCAACCUCACUCCAUGAAAACAUUUCCAAAAAUCUCGCAGCAAUUUUUAUAGGGAAAGGAUCAUAUUUGCAAAAGGACAUCUAACUGACCCAAAGUUGGUAUGCUAGGGGUAUGUUAUGAUGAUUUUCUGAACUCAGGUUUAAUGGGAUGAAAGUAACUAUGGGUGUUUCCUGAUCCGAACACUUCUUCUUAUGGGGUUUGUGGUCACUUACUCCUAUACUAUUGUUUGUGGAAGUUUCCUAGCAUUGCUCUCCCUUGUUGCUCGCAUUUAUGCCUCACCAAAUGGUGAUCCAGAUUGUUCGUCUGUAGGUCAAACCAUGGUAGGUCAUGGGGCAAAAAUCCCAUGGUUUUAGAUCUUGGUUUUUGAGUGUGAAUGAAUGCAUGUUUUGGUGCGGAAACUUGUUGCUUUCUUGACCCUGCCCCACAAAACACACACACACACACACACACACACACACACACUUGGGAUUGGACUAAUUAAAACCAUGAAUUGUUGAUCUCCACCGACACAAAGGAUCGUAAGACACAACUUUCAAUGCUUCAACACCUCUGUACGCAUGGUGAGGAUAUCUGUGCAGUGAGAUCUUUCCCAUGUCACCCAUACACUGUUCUGCAGGCCCACUAGAUCAAAAGUCUGAAUCAUCACGUUUUGGGGGCACAUGGGGCAUGCAACAAUGGAGAACAAAUGAUAAAACACAAGAGCAUACUUCCAAUUAUUGAAAAGGCAAAAGUGCAUUGUGAUAUGCUUAACAUCCUGCCGAAGGAGGUCCUCUAUAUGCAUUUUCCGCAUCCCAAAACUUAUAGCAGGGGUGAGUGUGCAUGCACUCCUGUCCGCUUCUUUGUGAUUUUAUCCAUGCAAAGAUCCGGAAGCGGGUGGUUUGAAACCUUGCUAAACAGUCACCCCAACAUCAGUUCAAAUGGGGAAAUCUUUUCUGUUAGAGAAAGGAAAACCAACAUUUCAACGAUCUUAGCAACAUUAGAUACCGUCUACAGCUUAGACUGGUUUAGUAGUGCGGCAAAAAACGAAUGCGUAGCUGCGGUUGGAUUUAAGUGGAUGCUUAACCAGGCUGUCAUGGACUAUCACAGGGAAAUAGCCAAUUAUUUCAAUUGGAAAGGCAUUUCUGUAAUAUUUCUGUUUCGUAGAAAUCUUAUGCGAAGGCUUGUCUCCGUGCUGGCGAAUGCUUAUGAUAGAAAUGUGAAGCAGCUCAAUGGCACCCAUAAGUCUCAUGUGCAUUCAAAAGAAGAGGCAGAGGUACUAGCACAAUUCAAGCCCAUAAUCAACACCGCUGUCUUGAUACCCAACCUCAACCAUGUCGAGCAGAUGAUGGCAGAUUCCUUGCGGUACUUCAACAGCACCCGCCAUGUAAUCUUGUACUAUGAGGACAUUGUUAACAACCCCAAGACAUUAUCUGAUGUUCAAGAAUUUCUGAGAGUUCCUGUAAGAAGAUUAAGGAGCCGCCAGGUGAAGAUUCACACCAGACCACUUUCAGAUCAUGUCGCAAACUGGGAAGAUGUCUACAAGACGCUGAAUGGGACACAAUACGAGCAUCUUCUCCAUCAUGUGGAUUACAUCCCCUGAUGUGAAUUGCCAGAAUUGAAUGGUUAAGAUUGUUCUAUUGAGAAGAUUUUUGAGCCAUGGCCCUUCCCUGGUGAGGCAUAGCAGAACAAUGGUCGAGAUCACUGAACCACUGCUUCGCUUGUACCAACAGAAAACUGAGUUUACAGUACAGACGGAUGACUUGGUAAUCCAGCCUGUGAUACGGAUACAUGAACUGAUGCGAGGAGAGGCCUCAUUCUACAAACAGACCCAUGAUAGCGACAGUUUGGAUCCCUGAACCACGGACCACCACCUGUACUGACCGAAAACCUGGAUUUGUAUUAUACCCUCGUCAAUGGAAUGAAUAUUAUCUAUGCAAAAUGUGAAGUGGGAAUUGUUAACAUUUACGUGGGAAGUUUGGGAAGAUAAUAGCCAUUCAAUAUUUUUGGCCUUUUACCUGAUGCA